AUGGCUACAUACGUAACAGUAAGUACCCCAAAGAAUGCAAAUGAGACCAAUCGUCUUGAUGUCGCUUUUGCUUGCUUUGAAGAACCGGACGAGAGCAGCCUAAAUAAGGCACAAGCUGCAAUACAUGAGGGUCAAGUGGUCUCCAUGGCUGAACUUUUUUCAUAUGCCGACGGUAUCGAUAAGUUGUUGAUGGUGUUAGGCACAAUUGGAGCUUUGGUUGCCGGUGUUUCUCAACCGAUUCAAAUUGUGCUCUUUGGAGACGUUCUCAAUACAUUUAAUCCAGAAGAUUCAGGUGCAAACAUUGAGAGUGGCAUUCGAAAGGUUGCACUCCAUUUUGUCUGGGUCGGUCUUGCCGUCUUUGUAGCUGGAACCUUUCAAGUUGCAUGCUGGACCAUAACAGCUUCACGUCAAGCCAAACGGAUUCGAAGUGAAUAUGUUAAUGCAAUUAUAACCAAAGAAAUUGGCUGGUUUGAUAUGAAUGAGCCAAUGCAAUUGGGGUCUCGUGUCGCAGAAGCGACAGUGAUGAUUCAAGACGGAAUGGGACACAAAGUUGGAGGCGGACUCAAUUUAUUUUCCAUGGCUGUAUCCGGGGUCGUCAUUGGAUUGGUGAAAGGCUGGAAGCUGGCUCUGAUCUUGCUUGCUUUUACGCCAUUUAUUGCCUUUACAGCGUUUUUGGCCAUGAAGGUUUUGUCAACUGCUACUCAGGAAGGUCUUGAAUCGUAUGGAAAAGCUGGUGCCGUGGCACAGGAGGCACUGAGUAAUGUACGCACGGUGCACAUGUUUAACUCGAUCAACCACUUUAUUACCAAGUAUGAAGAUGCACUCAAGAUUUCGACAACAGCUGGAAUUAAAAAGGGUUUCGCUGUUGGCUGGGGCACGGGGCUUAUGUUUUUGACAGUGUUCUGUACGUACGCAGGUGGAAUGUACUUUGGUGCACUGAUGGUAGCUAAUGAUAAUCUAGAUGGCAACAAAUGCACUGGGAAUGGCUGCUAUGAUGGUGGUCGAGUGAUUACAGUUUUUUUUGCAGUUAUAAUGGGCGCCAUUGCUCUUGGACAAGCUGCUCCGAGCGCCGAGGCGAUCACUUUGGCGCGUGCUGCAGCGUUCUCAGUGUUUCGAACUAUUAAGCGUCCGUCACUUAUUGAUCCGAUUAGUGACGAGGGCAAGAAGCUUGACAAGGUCAUGGGUCGCAUUGAGAUUGAGAAAGUCACUUUUGCUUACCCGUCGCGACCGGAAGUGCAAGUAUGCAGUGACUACUCCUUGACAAUAGAACCUGGAGAGACAGUGGCUCUUGUUGGUCCUAGUGGCAGUGGCAAGAGUACAAUCGUAUCGCUUCUUGAGCGCUUCUACGAUCCGCUGAGCGGUACAGUAAAAGUUGACGGAGUAGAUGUUCGUAUGUUGAACGCAAAAUGGUUGCGCUCUCAAGUCGGAUUGGUAGGUCAAGAACCGUCGCUCUUUGCAACGUCAAUUAUGGAAAACAUUCGCUACGGUUGCCCUGCAGCUACGGACGAGCAAGUUAUUGAGGCGGCAAAGAUGGCGAAUGCGUACAAUUUUAUCAAGGAAUUUCCCCAGGGAUUCCAGACUGAGGUGGGUGAGCGCGGUGCUCAACUCUCGGGCGGACAGAAGCAACGAAUUGCUAUCGCUCGUGCCAUCAUCAAGAACCCACCAAUUCUGUUGUUGGAUGAAGCUACAAGUGCUCUCGACACGGAAAGUGAGCGCAUUGUGCAAGCAUCACUAGACAAACUGCUGGCUAACUCAAAUCGAACUACGAUCAUAAUUGCCCACCGACUGUCCACUAUUCGCAACGCCAGCCGUAUUGCAGUACACAGUGGCGGUGCGAUCGUGGAAAUUGGCUCACACGAUGAAUUGCUAAAGUUGGAAAAUGGGCACUACCGUCUCUUAGUGGAAGCUCAGAAUCGUAAUGCGACUGAGCAGAAAGAAGGAAGUGCUGCUGCAGUAAUCACUGUAGAAAACAAUGAAUCUUCUGACGACAUCCAUCUGCGUUCUGGCCGAUCUUCGGGACGAUUGAUUAGCCGACACAGUAAAUCCGGGAAGGAAGGUGUUGUUGCAGCGAAUGACAACGAAGCAGGAGGCGUCGACCUCCCACCUUUCUCGAUGGCUCGCGUGUGGAAGAUGUCGAUGCCGGAGUGGAAGUUCAUGUUUGUUGGUUCUCUGGGCGCCAUUGCAAACGCUGCAGUGUUUCCGGUGUGGGGCGUUCUAUUGGUGAAUGUGACUGUGCUUUUCUUUAACAUUGACUACACAAAGAGCAAGAUGAUGGAUGAGGCGCGGUGGUGGUCACUCGGUUUUGUUGGCUUGGGAAUCGGAUUUGCUCUUUCGAAUAUUUUGCAACAUUACGGAUUUAGUGUGGUCUCACAGAAUCUCAUUACUCGUGUGCGUCUCGCCACUUUCAGCGCAAUGCUGCGCCAAGAAAUCGGUUGGUUUGAUUUGGACGAGAACACCUCUGGUGCUUUGGUAUCUCGUUUGGCGACGGACUCUGCGAUUUUGCAGGCUAUGACUUCGGAGACACUCAACAGAGGAUUGGUGAACCUCACCACGAUCACCAUAGCUUUCGGCAUUGCGUUCUUCUAUAGUUGGCAGAUGACUCUCAUUUUGCUAGCGGCUUUUCCAGUGUUGGUGGUAUCCUCGUAUAUUCAGGCCCAGGUAAUGGCAGGUACAUCUGGCAACAAGAAGAACAAUGACGCAGACACGGCGGCAGAUUCCUUGCUUUCUGAGGCGAUCAGCUCUAUUCGAACGGUGGCUUCAUUUAGCAUGGAAGAGGGGCUUAACACGUUGUACGUGGACUACCUGAACACGUCGAAGCAAGUUGACAUCAAAAGUGGUAUCAUCGGGGGCGUGGCGUUCGGAUUUUCACAUGGAGCAAAGUUUUUAGUCAUGGCUCUUCUCUUUUACAUUAGCGGACGCUGGAUCUCGCGAGGCGUUGUCACAUUCAAAGAGUUUUUUAUGGUUCUGAUGGUAAUCAUGCUUAGCACGUUUGCCGUUGGUAUGGCUGCUCAAAACUCGACCGAUGGAGCCAAGGCUAAACUUUCGGCUCAACGCGUGUUUAAGGUCAUCGACCGGAAGCCAAUUAUUGAUGCCACAUCUGGCACUGGACGCUCGUUGGACCAUGUCGACGGCGACAUUGAAUUCCGUAACCUUGAGUUCACAUACCCUGCUCGUCCUGAUGCCAAGAUUUACAAGAACUAUAGCUUGAAAGUUGCUCGCGGCCAGACUGUCGCCCUUGUGGGUGCCAGUGGAAGUGGCAAGAGUACGGCGAUCUCACUGUUAGAGAGAUUCUACGACCCUACUGCUGGUGAGGUAACACUGGAUGGCCAUAACCUGAAGGAACUGAACUUGCAGUGGCUACGCGAGAACAUGUCGCUAGUGAGCCAGGAGCCAGUUCUGUUUGCGGGUACAAUCGCGGAGAACAUUGAGCUUGGCAAGCCUGGGUCGACUCGCGAUGAGAUCGUUGAAGCAGCAAAGAAGGCCAAUGCGUUCGACUUUAUCAGCAGCUUCCCGUACGGAUUUGACACGGAUGUCGGCGACCGCGGAGCACAAGUGUCUGGUGGUCAGAAGCAACGUAUUGCCAUUGCCCGCGCCAUCCUGCGUGAUCCGGCAGUGCUGUUGCUGGACGAAGCUACGAGUGCUUUGGACAAUGAGAGCGAGCGUGUGGUGCAGGCGUCACUGGAUCGAUUGCUGUCACUCAAGCAGCGUACGACAAUUAUCGUGGCACAUCGUCUCUCGACCAUUCGAAACGCAAACCUCAUUGCCGUGACGCACGAAGGCGCCAUUGUGGAACAGGGCACACACGACCAACUUAUGCAGCUACCUAAUGGUAUGUACAAGGGACUUGUGGCGCGUCAAAUGAGUGCACACUAG